AGAAGUCUUGUCUGCCGCGUUCCUAUCGUAACGAGGGGGAUGUCCUGGGAGAGAAGGACUAAGAAACUGUCCGUCACGCCCCACCCUAAUUCGCUUCUUCGUCCUUCCUGAUCUUAGGUUUACGACUUUUGAGUGUUACCAGGCAGCUAGAUAUUUCUCUAUUGAACUGUUGCUGAUGGCUGAGGAGGGUCACAGGGUCACUCUUAAUGUUUAUGAUCUAAGUCAAGGACUUGCUCGACAGCUCUCAUCAACAUUUUUGGGGAAAUCCAUUGAGGCUGUUUGGCACACAGGAAUCGUGGUUUAUGGUAAUGAGUAUUACUUUGGUGGGGGUAUACAGUAUUCUCCUGCUGGAUCAACUCCCUAUGGAACGCCUAGAGUCGUAGAAUUGGGUGUUACACACGUGCCUAAGGAUGUGUUUGAAACUUAUUUAGAUGAAAUCAGUCCACGCUACACAGCAGAAACCUAUAAUUUACUUACACACAAUUGCAACAACUUCAGCAAUGAAAUUGCCCAGUUUUUGGUUGGCGCAAGCAUUCCUGACUAUAUUCUACAGCUUCCUAAUGAAGUUAUGAGCAGUCCAAUGGGACACCUUAUAUUGCCUAUGAUACAGAAUUUAGAGACAACAUUGAGAUCCGGCGCAGUUCCCCAAGUUCCCCAAUUCAAACCUUCAAUUGUGCCCCCUCAAAAUCCUGCCUCAGCCAAUACUGCAAGAACUUCAGGUAGCUCCAAGUUUUCUGCUGAGAAAGGAUCUUCCGGAGCAGCGGAUGUUGAAACUAAAGACAAGGUGGACGGCUUAAAGGCAAAGGGAAAUGCGGUUCCACUUGCAGUAAAACAUGCUGGGGAGAAAGAGAAGUCAGUCCCCAAUGGAGUUGUCGGAGAUCCUCUUGGUGAAGCCCGCAGCAAGGUGCAAGAGGAGAUUGUUAGAGAGUUUGCAGCAAUAAUGGCAACUGGUUCUAUGCGUGCUAGCGAGGCUGCAGCCCUUGCCACCAAGAGAGUGAUGCAGAGAUAUGGGCAGACGGUUUUGUCAUAGAGCUAGCAUCAUGCUACUCUCGUAUCUCCACAAUCUAGGGGAUGAACUGACCCCUAUACGGUGUUUUCAUUAUUUUUCCUUGAUUGAUGUAACUCCCAGAUGAACUAGCGCCAAAAAUGAAAAAUAGAUCUUCCUAAUAUAAUUCGGAUAAUUCGUUAUAACGCAGUUAUCGACGUGGAAGCUUCU